CAGAGAAAGAUGGGGCGUGCUCGAGGGCCCCAGAAAUGGAGGGAUCUGAGACAGCAGGAGGGGGGGAAGCAGUUUCGGAUGAAAAGGCCGUCAUCGCUCCUCUGGUGCUGCCCACCAUGGGCCCGGUUAAAAUACCCAUUCCAGAGCGAGAGACCUGGACUCGACAGAUGGACUUCAUCAUGUCCUGUGUAGGAUUUGCAGUCGGUCUGGGAAAUGUGUGGCGGUUUCCUUAUCUUUGCUACAAGAAUGGAGGAGGUGUGUUUCUCAUUCCCUACUUGCUGAUCGUGUUUGUGGGUGGAAUCCCAGUGUUCUUCUUAGAAAUUGCUUUGGGUCAGUUCAUGAAGCAAGGAGGAAUUGCAGCGUGGAACAUCGCUCCGCUUUUCAAAGGUCUUGGCUUUGCCUCGAUGGUGAUUGUGUUCUUCUGCAACACGUACUACAUUAUGAUCCUGGUCUGGGGCCUCUAUUACCUGGUACACUCCUUCACUAACACCCUGCCCUGGGCCACCUGUGGACAUCCCUGGAACACCAAGGAGUGUACCGAAGUCUUCCUACUAGACCAGUGCUCCAACGUGACUUCAGCCAAUGCUACCGGCUUCAGCACCACGCACAAUAUCAGCUGUGAUGCUCUCCUGAACAAGAGAUCACCGGUCAUCGAGUUCUGGGAGAAUAAGGUGCUGCAGCUCUCCGGAGGUCUGAAUGAGCCUGGGCAGUUGAACUGGCAGAUGAUACUUUGCCUCCUGGCCACGUGGAUCAUUGUCUAUUUCUGCAUCUGGAAGGGCGUGAAAUCGACUGGAAAGGUUGUCUACUUCACAGCUUUGUUUCCGUACGUGGUCCUGAUCGUCCUCCUGGCCCACGGAGUCACUCUGCCAGGGGCAUUGGAUGGCAUUGUCUACUAUCUCAAGCCUAACUGGUCCAAGCUGGCUGAAGCUCAGGUAUGGAUAGACGCUGGAACGCAGAUCUUCUUUUCGUACGCUAUUGGGUUAGGGGCUCUAACAGCCCUUGGCAGCUACAACAGAUUUCACAAUAACUGCUACAGAGAUGCAUAUAUAUUGGCUGCUAUUAACAGUUCUACAAGCUUCUUUGCUGGUUUCGUGGUCUUCUCAGUCCUGGGGUUCAUGGCGUCAGAGCAGGGGGUUGACAUAUCAAAAGUUGCAGAAUCUGGUCCUGGACUGGCCUUUAUCGCAUAUCCAAAGGCUGUGACUUUGAUGCCAUUUGCUCCGAUCUGGGCUGCACUUUUCUUCUUUAUGCUCUUGGUUCUUGGUCUGGACAGCCAGUUCGUGGGGGUGGAGGGAUUCAUCACUGGAAUCCUGGAUUUUUUUCCUCACCCAGUUAAUGGUGUUGUGCGCAGGGAGGUAACUGCUGCAGUCUGUUGUCUUCUGUGCUUUGUCAUCGACCUCUCCAUGGUGACCGAGGGUGGGAUGUACGUCUUCCAGCUCUUUGACUACUAUUCUGCGAGUGGCAUCACGCUGCUGUGGCAAGCUUUCUGGGAGUGCGUGGUUAUCGCGUGGGUUUAUGGUGCAGACAGGUUCAUGGAUGACAUUGCUCGGAUGAUUGGUUACCGGCCUUUGCCGUACAUGAAGUGGUGCUGGUCUGUGAUCACUCCCCUCGUCUGUGUGGGUAUUUUUGUGUUUCAUGUAGUCAACUACAAACCCCUGACUUACAACAAGACUUACGUCUACCCGUGGUGGGGUGAGGCCAUUGGCUGGAGUCUCGCUUUGGCCUCCAUGCUGUGUAUUCCAAUGACUGUGGUUUGCAAGAUGCUGAGAUCUAAGGGCUCUCUUCGGGAGCGCUGGCACCACCUGACCACCCCCGGUUUGGGGUCACCACCAUCUUGAGUACCUCACCCCAGAAGCGGAGACCAAGCUGCUCCCUCCCGACUCUCUUGUCACACUCAACAAGGAGAAGGCCACCCUGUUUGAGACCGUGAUCUAA